AUGGCUGAAAAACUCGCCGCAAAGACGUCCGGGUUCUCCCCAAUAACGUCCGCCCAGUCGAGAAUACAUGACAUCGCCGCCACCGCCUCACACUUGAGAGCCAUCGAUGCCAAGGUCGUCGACAACGACGACGACUUGCUUGCCGAGAUCGGGUACAAGCAGGAGUUGAAGAGACGUUUCUCCACCUUCCAGAUCUUCGGUAUCGCCUACUCCAUCAUGGGGAUUCUCCCCUCUGUCUCCUCCCUCUUGGGGACCGCUCUCUCGGCCGGCCCCGCCGGCGCAGUCUGGUCCUGGGCUGUCGCCUCCAUCUUUAUCUUGACCAUCGGCGUGUCCAUGUCCGAGUUGGCCUCGUCGAUCCCAACCUCGGGAGGGUUGUACUACUGGACGUUCUACUACGCCCCAGAGGCGUGGAGGGUGCCUCUCUCGUUUGUCAUCGGCUUGUCCAACACAAUGGCCCUCUGUUCCGGGUCUGUUUCCGUCUUCUACGGUAACGCAGAGGAGAUCUUGGCCGCCGUGUACCUCACCAAGGAUGGUAACUUCGACAUCACCACAGGUAAAACGUACGGUGUCUUUGCAGGCUGUGUCAUCACAGGUGCAGUCGUUACCUGUCUCUCGUCGAAAAACGUCGCCAUGUUGCAAUCCAUCUCCUCCAUUUGCCACACAGGUCUCCUUGUGCUUUUUUUCAUUGCCCUGCCCAUUGGAACCAGAGUCAACAGACACGAGUUCAACAGCAGAGGCUUCAUCUUUGGCGAGGUGCAGAACUACUCGGACUGGCCCAUCGGCUGGCAGUUCUGUCUAUCGUUCAUGACGGCUGUGUGGACCAUCGGUGCGUUCGACUCGUGUGUCCAUAUGUCCGAGGAAGCAAAGAACGCUUCCUACGGGGUGCCAAUCGGUAUCUGCGGCUCCAUCACCGCCUGUGGCUUUCUUGGCUUCUUCAUCUUAAUUUGCACCACCGCGUGCAUGAACCCAGACAUCGGUACCGUCCUAGCAACAGACACUGGCUUCCCAAUGGCACAAGUCAUCUACGACUCCUUAGGCAGACGUUGGGCCAUCGCCUUCAUGUCUCUUAUGGCUGGCUGCCAAUGGUUGAUGGGAUCGUCGUUGCUCACCGCUGCCUCGAGACAGAUCUGGGCGUUCGCCAGAGACGACGGGCUACCUUUCUGUUCUAUCGUCAAGGUCGUCAACAAGAAGCUUCGGGUCCCUAUCAGAGCAGUUAUCCUAGCAUGUCUGAUUUCCCUAGCCAUUGGAUGUCUCUGCUUGGCAGGUACUGCAGCAGCAAAUGCUUUGUUCUCCCUCGGUGUCCUUGGUAACUAUCUCGCAUGGUGUACCCCAGUCUUCCUUAAGCUCACCUUUGGUAAGCACAAGUUCAACCCAGGUAGUUUUUACCUCGGGCCAGUCUUCUCUCCAAUCGUCGGCUGGAUUGCCUGUGCCUGGGGGGCCUUCAUCACAGUCUUGGUCUGUUUCCCUGCAACCAAGGUGGUCACCAAGGAAAACAUGAACUAUUGUAUUGUCAUCACAGGCGGGGUUUGGAUCUUGUCCAUUGUUUUCUUCUUCACCUACAAGUACAAGUACUACCACGGUCCAAAAAGUAACUUGGAUGAUGAUAACAUCGAAGUGGUUUCAAGUGCUGAAGACGUCAGCUAUCCGCAGGACGAAAAGGUCUGA